UAGAGAACAGCCCUCAUACACGUCUGAAAGAAAGUCACCUUUAUUGAAUGAAUAUAAACAAGCUGGCCAACACUCAAUAGUAAUAUUCUGAUACAGCACAUACAAUAGCAAACGUCUGGGGCAGUGGAGACAGGCUCCUACAGUAGGUUUUAAAACACAGUAUCCAUGCUGAACAGAACAUUCUCUCUCUUUCUCUCAGGGGGUUUCCUGCAACUGAGUGUUUUGAUACUCUCUCUCUAUUUCUUUAUCUCUUACACAUACACAUGUGCUCACACACACACCUACAGUACACAUACACACGUAUGCAUGCACACACACACACACACACACACACACACACACACACACACACACACACACACACACACUUCCCACAUAUUUUCACCCACAACAUCCAAAAAAUGAACUAACUCUCAUAGCACUGCACAGGCUGUCUACUAGGGGGACACAAUAGGUGAGGAGACACGCACCACUCUCAAACACAGCAUCACGAUGCAGAGGCAAUUCAUGUAUGAGGACUGGAGCAUCAUUUUAUUUUAACUUUAUUUAACUAGGCAAGUCAGUUAAGAACAAAUUCUUAUUUUCAAUGAGGGCCUAGGAACAGUGGGUUAACUGCCCAUUCAGGGGCAGAACGACAGAUUUUUAACGGGGAUUUGAACUUGCAACCUUCUGGUUACUAGCCCAAUGCUCUAACCACUAGGCUACCCUGCCGCCCCAUCAUGGGAAAAAGCGUACGUUCAUUCAAGCAAAUCUUUACUGUACAGUGGAAAAUAUUCACUUAUACAAAUAGUACAGUACCAAACUGACAUAUUCAAUAAGCCAAACUGAUUAAAACAUUUAAUCAAGAAUAACUUAAAUACAAACGCCAUUGAUAAGUAAAAAAAAAAAUCUGCCAUUGGUCAGUGUUUUGUUUCAUCCAAAGGUUUGCAUUUUCAACAUCAUGCAAUAAAUCAAAUGCAACUUGUACACGACAAAGAAAGUGAAUCUGUCUGCCUGUAUUAGGCUUCUCAUACUCUGAAUCAGGUAUUUUACUCCUUUGAUUACUAUUGGUGAUGUCUGUUGGCCUUCAACUCCUGGGUUGUGUUCAUUAGGCACCAAACAGAAGAAAAAUGGACUGAAACGGGGAAGAAAUGCUCAUUCACAUUUUCCGUUGCAAAUUGCUACAGAAAACAAAAAUAAUGACUGAUCAAUUAUUCUGAUCUUUCCUCUGCAACAUUUGCCACACUUUCCGUAUGAGACUGGUUUCUGAUAUCUGUGGUUUUCCUGUGAACAAGCUCCACAUCUACUUCUCUAUUCAAACAAUCCUCUCUGACACAGUCACCAUCUUCUGUGAAGUCACACUAACAGUCUGUAGAUGUCUGGUAAAUGUCGUUGUUCAUCCCUGAUAUGGCAGGUCAUCUGUUUCUGGUCAUCCUCCUUUUCGACACCUUCCAAUACAUCGAAGCCCAAGGUCAUCACCAAGGUCAUCACCUUCCUCCUCCCAGUCUGACAGUGAGGCCUGCAGUCAUCAAAGAGAGAGACUCAGUUCAGCUGAGUUGUGAGACUCCUCCAUCUCUCAGUGUGUUUAACUGUUACUUCUACAUAAAAGGGAGGAAGAAUCUUCCAGACAAAUCCUGUACUCAGACACUCACAGGAACAGAGCUGCUCAAGAGGGCAGAUCAAACGUUUCCAGAUGUGGUCAAAGUGAAGUGUUACUAUGAUGUAGUGAGGUCUCACACAUCUCCUUUAAGUAACCCUGUCUCAGUCACUGUUCGGGAAACCGAAACAGAUGUGCAAUUUUGGCACGGAGCAGUGGGUGUGGCUUCUGGAGUGGCCAUGUUACUGAUGGGAUUGACAGCUGUCUAUCUCUGCUGGAGGACCAGGAAAACCAAUUCUCUGAGACCUACAGCCAGACAGGAUGAUCACAGACAAUGUGAUUUGGUGAUGGGAGCUAUGAGCAGUGCAGGCAUGUUGGAUUCAAGGGAUGCUGGGAUCUAUUCUCUCAUCACCUCUGUACCGUCCACGUUCUUUCCCUCAGGCCCUGUUGAAGAAAAUGGAGAGUCACCUGAAAACGACAAUUCUGAUAUGUACCAUGUAUACAGCUCAAUCCCCGACAGACCAGCAACCUCAGCCCAGCCGGAUGGGUUGUACAGUCUUCUGCAGACACACUGACACUACACCUCUGGCUUUCUCUAGCUAUGUCUCACACAUCUCACACAAAUACCCUCUUUCUCACGUGAUGUCCUUUAUUAUCACUCUUCAAUUUACUGUAAAUACGAGUCUCUUAGCAGGUAAUAUAUAUUUUACAUAUGGACACCUGGCUUAUGUUACAUGCCUGUCCAUAAUAUCUGUUACUGUGUUAGCAUUUUUAUUUUGGAGUUUGGAGCAUAAUUUUAUUUUUUCCUCCUAGUAAAUGCUGUAUUUAUGUAUAUUCUGUGUGAUUCCUCCUUCCAUAACGGUUGGAUACAAUUUCUUAAAUAAAUAAUGUGUUCGGAGUCAAAAUCGGUAAAUACAGACAAUUUAAAAUCACAAUAUCAUCAGUUAAUCUAUUGCAUUAUGAGGCUAUAUAGUGUUUGUCUACAUUUACUUUGUACCAACAUUGGAGUUAAACAAGCUGAUAUUUUUUGGGUCUUGAUUGGGAAUGACACUUUAACUAAGCUGCUGUAGUCAUGAGGCAUUUAUAAGUUAUAUUCUUGAUGAAUCAAUGGGUAGAUAUAAUGAAUUUAUUGGCCCAAAAAUGUAUGUAUUAACUGCAGAUUGCCUCUUUAAGACACACAUACUGUAGGCCUACAAAUUGAUUUAGCUUUUGCAGACACCUUUUCAUCUUUCUUGGGUGGAUCAGAAGAUGGUGAAAUUACUUAUUUGGAGGCUGCUGCUUUUUUGGGGGUGGCAUUAUCAAGCUACUAAUCUCAAAUUAGACUAUAAAAAAGUUGUCUUAAAAAUAAAACUGUAUUUUCUAGCCUCUAAAUGGAAUGGGAUUCCAGCUUUAUGUCCUUCAAGCAACUUCGCCAAAAACCACAGGAUUAAUCAGAACAGAUUCUGACAAUUAGGUAGCAUUAUUAUUUUGCUGAAUUCUUUACUGUCAUGUUUAUUUUCAUUAUAUUUUAAAUAACUUACAGGAAAUAAACUUUAUGACAUUGUCUUUAAGCAUUAUGACCGACCUGUGUCACCUGGCCUAAAUAAAUACGCCUUAUGACACUGUCAAGAAGGAU